UGCACAUAUCUCCUUAUAUACUCAUAUAUAAGGUAUAAGGUUGUUGGCAUGGCAACUGAUGUUUGUAUCUCACUGACCACAAAAAAAAAAAAGGUAAAUACUGCAAUUACAUAUUUACCAACAAUUCCUGCACAUAAUGUGAUAAAAUGGGACUGUUUCAAAAAUUGGCACAUUUCCUGGGAGUGAGAAAGAAAGAAGUCAAUGUCUUGGUGGUCGGUUUGAAUAAUAGUGGUAAAACAACUGUGGUAAACAGUUUUAAAAAUGAAGAGAACCAAACUAAUGAAAUUGUGCCCACGGUUGGGUUCAGUGUGGAGAGAUUUCAAAAUCAAAGUUUGCUCUUCACAGCCUUUGAUAUGUCAGGGCAUGGAAGAUACAGGGAUCUUUGGGAACAUUAUUACAAAGAUUGCCACGGAAUUAUUUUCGUUAUAGACAGUAGCGAUCGUUUACGUUUGGUGGUGGUAAAAGAGGAAUUAGAUUUACUUUUACAGCAUCCAGAUAUUUGCCAGAAAAGAGCCCCUAUUUUGUUUUUUGCUAACAAGAUGGACUGUAAGGACUCGUUAAGUAGUGUUAAAAUUGCUGCUGCUUUAGGUUUGGAUAAAAUAAUGGAUAAGCCAUGGCAUAUAGCGGCCAGUAAUGCUAUUACAGGCGAGGGUCUACAAGAAGGAGUCGAAUGGUUAACGCAACAAAUAAGGGAGAUGUUAAGUGUUAGAAGUUAAUAAAAUCGCAUACAAACUUA